AUGCUUUCUGCCGGAGCCAAAGCUUUCACUUCCGUCUCUCGCCAUGCUCGCUUUGGAGCUCCCAUGGCCCGAUUUAUGAGUAGCGAGGCACCCGAUACCUCCAUUGUGGAUGUUUGCACGCUAAAGAUCAAGGAUGCGUUGGAUACUUCGGAAGUCAAAGUCACUGGAGCCUAUGAUGAUCCCAAUGGAAGUCACGUCUCGAUCGAAGUGGUUUCUUCCAUGUUUGAAGGAAAGAGAGCGGUUCAAAGACAACAACUUGUCUACAAGGCCAUCUGGGAAGAACUUCAGGGACCAGUUCAUGCUGUGGAUUCCAUGGUUUGCAAAACACCUGAUGAAGCAUAA